GAGACCGUCGCAGCUGCUGACGCGAUCGAGGCGCGACGCGGAAAGGUCACACGGGCUCUUCCAACAUGGCGGCGGCAGCUCUGCGGGGCGGCUGGUGCCGCUGUCCGCGGAGGUGCCUAGGCAAAGGAGUCCAAAUUCUCUCCAGCCACAACCUACCCCAUGGUUCAAGCUACCAGAUAAGCCGGCCAGGAGGAGAGCUGACACUGACCAAAUCCUAUUCUACUGGGAACAGAAAAGGGUUUUUGUCAGGCUUGCUAGACAACAUUAAACAAGAAUUAGCCAAAAACAAAGAGAUGAAAGAGAGUAUAAAAAAGUUCCGAGAUGAGGCAAAGAAGCUAGAAGAAUCAGAUGCUCUCCAGGAAGCCAGAAGAAAAUACAAAUCCAUCGAGUCAGAAACUGUGCGAACCAGUGAAGCCAUAAAGAAGAAGCUUGGGGAGCUGACAGGGACGGUGAAAGAGAGUCUUGAUGAAGUCAGUAAGAGUGACCUUGGCCGGAAGAUCAAGGAGGGGGUAGAAGAGGCUGCCAGGACAGCCAAGCAAUCAGCAGAGUCGGUAUCCAAGGGCGGGGAGAAGCUGGGCAAGACGGCAGCCUUCAAAGCCAUCUCCCAGGGUGUAGAGUCGGUGAAGAAGGAGAUUGAUGAGAGCGUUCUAGGACAGACGGGGCCCUACCGCCGGCCCGAGCGGCUCCGGAAAAGGACGGAGUUUGCCGGAGCGAAGUUCAAAGAAGACAAAGUGUUCCAGGCUAACGAGGAAGCGUUGGGGCUUGUGCUACACAAGGACUCCAAGUGGUACCAGCAGUGGAAGGACUUCAAAAACAACAAUGUGGUGUUCAACCGCUUCUUCGAGAUGAAGAUAAAGUACGAUGAGAGUGACAAUGUUCUCAUCCGGGCAUCCCGGGCCUUAACAGACAAAGUCACUGACUUGCUGGGGGGCCUUUUCUCAAAGACAGAAAUGUCAGAGGUGCUCACAGAGAUCCUUAGAGCGGACCCAAACUUCGACAAGGACCGCUUUCUUCGGCAGUGUGAGAGUGACAUCAUCCCUAACAUCCUAGAGGCCAUGAUUUCUGGGGAGCUCGACAUUCUCAAAGACUGGUGCUAUGAAGCUACUUACAGCCAGCUGGCCCACCCUAUCCAGCAGGCCAAGGCUCUGGGCCUCCAGUUCCACUCCAGAAUCCUCGACAUCAGCAAUGUGGAUCUGGCCAUGGGCAAGAUGAUGGAGCAGGGCCCUGUGCUGAUCGUCACCUUUCAAGCCCAGUUGGUGAUGGUGAUCAAGAACCCCAAAGGCGAGGUGGUUGAGGGUGACCCGGACAAGGUGCUACGCAUGCUGUACGUGUGGGCACUCUGCAGAGACCAGCAGGAGCUCAACCCUUAUGCUGCCUGGCGCCUUCUGGACAUUUCAGCCUCCAGCACAGAACAGAUCCUCUGAGGGCAGCGAUGGUGUCUAGGCAGCUCCAGAGCUAGACCAUCGUGGGACAGAUACACAGAGGCUCCAUGAGGCACCUUGGCACAAGACCAUGUAUGGCCUCUGCCCCAAGUUCUUCAGGGCAGUUGUGCAAUCACUGGACAAGGAAAAGGUUGGAGGUGCCUGGCAGGGUUGGGAAGUACCCCAGAAUGCCUCAGGGGACUGCUGGCAGUGUCACGAAGUCCCAGCCCAGGGACUCCUGUGGUCAGUGGGAUGAGGCCUGGCCUGCUGUUCUAAGUAGUCCACUGGCAUGGCCUGCCAAGCCGCUUUAGGUUUUUUUUUUUUUUUUUUUUUUUUAAUCAAUGCUCUUCCUGUACAUAAGCCUAAGAUCUGGACAUAAUAAAACACCAAAGUGCAGAAGAGGCUUUCGAACGGUCUGAAGUAUAUGUCUCUUCCGGGAAGGCUGGGACUGAAGACCUGUGACAGAGAGACCUUCAAGGUCAGUGGAGGAUUAUAGCUAGAUAGGGUGCCACCUUCUCAGGCCAGGACCCUGUCCUCUUGUGGAGAGGAAUAACCACCCCAGCUAUCUGGUCUCUGUUGAAUUGAGGGCUCCCUGAGACUGAGCAUCUUAAACACUAAUGGGUGGUGGUACCU